CGCUGGGACCGUACCAUACAGGAAUGGAGAGAAUCGAUCAAUGAGGAGCAUCCUCUUCCCUCCUUUUUCUCCUUCUUGCUUCACAGUCAGUCACAUUAUCUGUCUGUCACUUCCAUUAUUUUCAAUCUCACGCGCCUCGCUCCCUCUCGAAUCCCUAUUCCCUCCUCUUUCUCCUUCUUGCUUCUCAAUAGUAACCAUCAUCUGUCUGUCACUUCCAAAUUAUUUUGAAUUUCACGCGCCUCCCUCUCUCAAAUCCCUAAAAUUUCAAACCCCCAAUUUCUCCUCUCGCAAAUCCCUAAUUCUACCAGUGAUUUUUUUUUUAAUUUUAGAUUUGUGAGGUGAAAAAUGGUGGAGCAAUGCGUGAGCAAUGGUCCGGAAAGGAAAACAGUAGCGAAAAAUGGGAGAAAAGAGAGAAAAAAGACAGAGACACAGAGGAGGACGAGUGAUAGAAUCAAGAGCAGGCAGAGAGAGGAGAAGGAGCAAUUGGUGAGAAAGAGAGUGCAGAUAUUGGAUGGGCAAGAAGAUAAAGGAAACCCUAGAAAGAGACCGAAUGUCAAUGCGACUGAAGAUGAGAAGGAGAAGGAGGUUGCGAUGGCUGAAAGGAUGGUAAAUCAAGUUUUGGGGUCAACUGAAGUGCAAAAGGAGGUGACUUUAGGUGAUGCUAGUGGUGCGGGUGGUGCGUUGCCUGAUAAAAGUGCUACUGUUAAAGUUAAGGAUACUUUAAGGCUGUUUAACAAAUUUUAUCUCCAGUUAGUGCAGGAAGAAGAGUUGAGGUGUGCGAAAGCAAAAGUUGAUAAAAAGGUCUCCCAAGGUUCAAAAAAAUUCCUCAAAGGUUCGAAAAAAUCAGCUGAUAAAUCCAAGAAAGAAAAACCAUCUGAAGAUGGUGACAAGAAAAAAGCCAAGCGUCCUGAUUUAAAGGCAAUAACUAAGAUGUUUGAAGCUAAUGCUACAAUGUAUCCUGAGAAAAGAAUUGGUGAUCUUCCAGGUAUCAGUGUUGGGCACCGUUUCUAUUCUAGGGCUGAAAUGGUUGCUGUUGGCUUUCAUAGCCACUGGCUGAAUGGAAUUGAUUAUAUGGGGCAGUCCUACAGGAAGGGGGUGUACCAUAAUUAUACGUUCCCACUUGCCGUGGCCAUUGUUAUAUCGGGGAUGUAUGAGGAUGACCUGGAUAAUGCCGAGGAUGUUAUCUAUACUGGCCAAGGUGGGCAUGAUUUAACUGGAAAUAAGCGUCAAAUUCGUGACCAAAAGUUGGAGCGCGGUAAUUUGGCAUUGAAGAAUUGUGUGGAGCAAUGUGUUCCUGUACGAGUUGUUCGUGGCCAUGAAUGUGCCAGCAGCUACUGUGGCAGAGUUUACACCUAUGAUGGCUUGUACAAGGUUGUUCAAUACUGGGCAGAGAAAGGUUUAUCUGGAUUUACUGUGUUUAAGUAUCGACUGAGGCGGAUGGAAGGGCAACCAAUUCUGACCACCAACCAGGUUCAAUUCAGCUAUGGACGUGUUCCCCAAUCUGUUGCUGAAAUACGAGGGUUGGUGUGUGAGGAUAUUAGUGGAGGUCAAGAGGAUGUCCCAAUUCCAGCUACCAAUUUGGUUGAUGAUCCGCCUGUUGCUCCAUCAGGUUAUACCUACUGCAAGUCUCUUCAAAUUGCCAAAAAUGUGAAGCUGCCUGCAAAUGUGAGUGGAUGCAACUGCCAAGGGACUUGUGUGGAUCCAAGGACUUGUGCUUGUGCAAAGCUUAAUGGCUCUGAUUUUCCAUAUGUGCAAAUUAAUGGUGGCAGGUUAAUCGAAGCCAGGGCAGUUGUUUUCGAAUGUGGCCCAAGUUGUGGAUGUGGACCUGGUUGUGUAAACCGGACAUCUCAACGAGGCAUCAAGCAUCGUCUUGAGGUUUUCCGUACUCCUAAGAAAGGAUGGGCUGUUAGAUCGUGGGACUUUAUACCUUCUGGGGCGCCUGUUUGUGAGUACAUAGGGGCGCUUGUGAGAACUGAAGACACAGAUCAUGUCUGUGAGAACAAUUAUAUUUUUGACAUUGACUGCUUGCAAACAAUGAGGGGGCUUGGUGGAAGAGAGAGGCGACUAGGAGAUGUAUCAGUGUCAGCAAUUAACAGCUUUGAUGGAGAUGAUCAGAAGUCUGAAAGUGUUCCAGAGUUUUGUAUUGAUGCAGGUUCCACUGGAAAUAUUGCCAGGUUCAUCAAUCAUAGUUGUGAGCCCAAUCUCUUUGUGCAAUGUGUCCUGAGCUCGCAUCACGAUGUCAAACUUGCUCGGGUGAUGCUGUUUGCAGCGGAUAACAUACCUCCUAUGCAGGAACUUACUUAUGACUAUGGCUAUGCCCUGGAUAGCGUCUCUGGCCCCAGUGGAAAAAUAAAACAGAUGCCGUGCUACUGUGGUGCAGCAGAUUGUAGGAAGCGCUUGUUCUAGUCAGAGUUGGUCAAGCUGCUUUUGUUCAUCCAAACUGACCGUCCUGCUCUUUUGACAUUCUUGCCGGGGAAUUUUGCCUUGCACUAGGGAUGUGUACAUUGACAAUCGGUUAAUAUAGGGUAUAUCACACUGCUGCCUUGUGAAAAACAUUAUCUGAUGCAGCCUGCAAGCCCUAUUACCACCUUUUUUUAGUGAGAUUCAUUUUCAACUAAAAUCCUGAGUUGUCAAAAGUCACAGCCAUGUGUAAACGUUGUAACUCGCGGUAAUGAACAGAGAAGAAAUUUACAUUUUAGUGCUUUUAUGAAUGUUUUGGAAUUAUAUAUGUGAAAUUUUCACUGUUUCCACAA